UCUAAAACAAGUCCCAUAGUAGUCUUUCCUUUCUUCCAAACCCACAUUUCUUCUUUUCUUUCAUAUAGCUAGCUAGGAAAUAAAAUGGGUACCAAAGUUCCAAUUAUACUCUUUGUUUUUGUAAUGUUGUGUGCUUUAAGUUCAGCCAUUCCAAGCAAAAGAAAGUCAUACACACCAUGCAAAAACAUGGUCCUUUAUUUUCAUGACAUAAUUUACAAUGGAAUGAAUGCAGCUAAUGCAACAUCUUCAAUAGUUGCAGCACCACAAGGUGCUAAUUUAACUAUAUUGGCACCUCAAUUCCACUUUGGUAACAUAGCAGUUUUUGAUGACCCUAUCACAUUGGAUAACAACCUUCAUUCAAAACCAAUUGGAAGAGCACAAGGCUUUUACGUUUAUGAUACCAAAAACACAUACACUUCUUGGCUUGGUUUCACAUUUGUUCUUAAUAGCACUUAUCAUGAAGGAACCAUUACUUUUGCUGGUGCUGACCCAAUUAUGCAGAAAAGUAGAGAUAUCUCUGUAACUGGUGGCACUGGAGAUUUCUUUAUGCAUAGAGGAAUUGCUACUAUUAUGACUGAUGCUUUUGAAGGUGAGGUCUAUUUUCGACUUCGUGUUGAGAUUAAGUUCUUUGAGUGCUGGUGAUAUGUGAAAUUAAGUCUCAAUUGCUAGAAGCAAAUAAAUUAAGAAAAGGAUCUGGAUUAUUGUUUUAUGUAAUUUGAAUUAAGUAUCCCUUUUAAUCAUGUGUGUUGUUUAGUCCAUAAACCAUUGUAGUACUUAUUUUCUCCUAUAUGAUUAUUAUCAAUUAAUGAAGAUUAUGAUAAGAGUAGUGUUAUA